GACAAGUUGCUAGGUUAGAUGUGUUCGUAGAACCUGGGAGUUGAGUUUAACACCCCUACUGCUGCAUAUUCUCAUGGCCGACACAUUCGUUGCAUUAUGCUGGAUAAAUUGUUUGGGCUUAAGAGCUAAAUGUACAUACUGUUGAUGGAAUUAGCGUGCUCAAUGCAAUUGUGCAGCAACCAGAAUAAUGUCAAAAUGUGCGAAAUUCAAAACCCCGAUCCUAUCAAGCUCGAAUUUCCCACCAAAAGAUUGUAACUACCUUUUGAGCCCUUUAACAUCAUCCACUUCUCUCUCCUCUGUCCUGCAACACUACAUCAACUCAGACCACCCUUCUCAUGGCCAAAAGAUUCAUUCCCACAUCAUUAAAACUGGGUUCAAGCCCAAUCGCAACAUCUCCAUCAAGAUCAUCAUACUUCACCUGAAAUCAUCUAGCUUGUCAUAUGCGCAGAAAGUGUUUGAUGAAUUGCCUCAGCCAACUCUUAGUUCUUAUAACUACAUGCUAUCAGGUUAUAUAAAACAUGGGCUCGUUGAGAAGUCUUUUGAUUUGUUUAGAAAAUUGACGUUUUCGGGUGAAAAGUCUGACGGGUUUACAUUUUCAAUGAUAUUGAAGGGGUCUAGUUUUGAAAGUGUAUUGUCGCGAUCCAAGACUGUGGGCAGAGAAGUACAUGCCCAGAUAAUAAAAUCUGGUGUUGAUGGUGAUGAUGUGCUUUACACGGCUUUAGUUGACUCGUACGUGAAGAGUAGGAGAUUGGACUAUGCAAGGAGAGUGUUUGAUUUGAUGUUGGAGAAGAAUGUAGUUUGUUCUACAUCUAUGAUCACUGGUUACAUGAACCAGGGUCUUAUCGAAGAUGCUGAGCACGUCUUCAACAAAACAGUGGAAAAAGACGUGGUGGUUUUCAAUGCAAUGAUUGAGGGUUACAGUAAAUUGAUUGAAACUGCCAAGAAAGCAAUUCAGGUUUUCAUUGCCAUGCAAAGGAUAGGAUUUAAGCCCACAAUAUCAACCUUUGCAAGCAUUAUUGGGGCUUGUUCUGUAAUAUCUGCAUUUGAAGUUGGUCAGCAGGUUCAGGGGCAACUUAUGAAGACUGAAUUGUUUACUGAUAUAAAAAUGGGGAGCGCUCUUCUUGAUAUGUAUUCAAAAUGUGGAAGAACUGUGGACGCAAGAAAAAUUUUUGAUCAUAUGCCUGAAAAGAAUGUGUUUUCAUGGACUUCCAUGAUUGAUGGUUAUGGGAAAAAUGGUGCUCCAAAUGAAGCACUUCAGCUGUUCAAUAGGAUGCUGUUAGAUCCCUUGGUCAAGCCUAACUAUGUUACAUUUCUCAGUGCUCUUACUGCAUGUGCACAUGCCGGACUAGUUGCAACAGGAUGGGAGAUCUUUUACCGCAUGGAGAGAGACUACUCGAUGAAACCAAGGAUGGAGCACUAUGCCUGCAUGGUUGAUCUCUUAGGCCGUGCAGGAACUCUUAAUCGGGCCUUGGAAUUUAUUAUGGAGAUGCCUCAAAAUCCUAAUUCUGAUGUUUGGGCUGCUCUGCUGAGUUGUUCUAGGCUGCAUGGAGAUGUGGACAUGGCAAAUUUAGCUGCCAAUGAACUUUUCAAAUUAAAUGCUGAGAGUCGACCUGGGGCAUAUGUUGCAUUAUCUAAUACCUUGGCAGAAGCUGGGAGGUGGAGCAAUGUAACUGAGCUUAGGGAGUUAAUGAAGACAAGAGGAAUAUCUAAAGGCACUGGGUUUAGUUGGUUUGGCAGUGAUAGUCUAGAAGCUUUAUAUGCUGGACAAUAGAUGUAAAUGAAGGCUGUGAUGAAUUUUCACAAUUACUCAUUCUUUGUUUCUAGGCCAGUUGGACUGAUUAUAAACAGGAAAACAAUCAAGGAAGAACCUACAAAAAACUUAGCGCAUGGGCUUGCCUACUUUUGAUUCAAUGCCUUGGCUAACAGUUGGAGAAUAUGAAGAACUUGGUUCAUGGACGUUGCUGCUCUGUGAUUGUUGUCAAGAAUGAUAUUCAAGUAAGACAUGAAUUUUCUUUUUCUUGAGAGGGGAUGAUGGGGAAAGCAAGAAUGGUGCAAUAAGAAUCCAUAUCUGGUCAAAGCAAGGUCUGUGUUCACUGCACAAUAUUUAAUUCCAAGGGAAGGCUAUGUUUAGCAAUUUUUACAACAAUAACAUGGUCCUCUUUUCAGCGUUUUCUUCUUCUUGGAGGAGAUUCUUCGUUGUCAUUCAAAAAUUUCCAAUGUCAUGAUAUGCAUGGGUGAUUUAGUUAUCGCUUCUUAUGUACAGGAAUCAUCAUUCCGUCUUAUUCUGGUUUAUAUUUGGUGUGGCAACUUCUUAGCAACAAAGUGAUAUAAUUUAAUUCCACUUUGGAAAGGAAAUAAUAGGAGAACUCUUUUUGUACCUUCACUGAGAAACAAAAAAGUUAUUGCUCGGAGUGAUAUUCAAAUUGGCUAUUCAUUUAAUCAAUACCUACUUGUAGUCAAUCAAGUUGCUUACCACAUCUACUGUUUAUUGAAUUGAUACAGGUGCUGGCUGAACUUAGCAUGGUGAGGAUCAUGGUUCCAUGGUUGGUUCCAGAUCGGUCAUUUUCAUCAAUUCAAUGGUCAACACAGUUUUUAAGUGUAAAUAUACAUCCUAUAAUGACUUCAUUAUAUGGUUAGACAAGCUUAGUGAGUACCAAAGCAAAAAUGCUUUAAGAAGAGUUGAUUGAAAAUUGAAAGUUUCAUCUUCAUGCAGUUUAUCUUCCGUCCAGAUUAUUAUAAUGCUGAACACAGCUUCAUCAUCAUUGGCAACAUAUGGGUCUUCUUUGUAAAGUUUUGUUUAUUGUACUUGUAGCUAGGGCAAGAGACAAAUGUAGCAGGGAAUAAAAAAUUAGCUGAUUACCUCUCCGAAAAUUUGUAGUUUCUUGUACGUUAUACUCAAGAUUGGGUGAUUUGGAUUUGUUUAGUUACUCUUGAAU